AACACAAUUAUAUCAAUCAUUUAAAGAAUUGUCUAAUGAUGGAGGUAAUUAUCAACUUUCAGCAUUCUUACUUCUUUAAAAUGUAUACUGACGUUAUGAAAGUAAAAAUAUAAGGCUUACCCCCCCUGGUGUCGACUCCCUAAGGUGUCUGACUCCAGAUCCAUAGCAAACACUCACUGUGGAACAGGAAGUGUUGAACUGAGUGCAGGGUGUGUUGCCAUUCCAUAGAGGUGGAGAGAGAGGGAGGGAGCGAAAGAGAAAUAGAAAAAAAGGGGAUGAUGUCACACAGUAGGAGGAGCAUAUGACUCUCACAGGAGACAGAAAAGGAGGGUGGGAGAAAGCCAGCGCGAGAAAAAGGAAGUUUUUUUUCUGCUUUUCUCAAUACGUUUUGACCGUCUAUAUUAAAACAAAACAACCUAAAAAGUUAGCGUCCAGAGUCAAAUCAUGAAAGUGCUACUCAUAGGCUGAGCAGAAGAAGACAGACAAACAAAACAACACCAGGACACAACUCGACUCUCAUAGCCUUGCACGACUGAUGACAGCAUUAAAAAUUGACACUGUGUGAAGCCUGGGGCCUGUUGACAGGGGAGAGUGUCCAGCAGAAUAAUGACCUCAGAACUGAACUCAAGCUUAACCAGCAUAGACUGGCUUCCUCAACUAGGCAUAAGCACUCUGCGAUCGGGCAAACAGCGAGUGGAGAAGGAGAAGAGGAGAGACCACGGGAGAGAGAGAGACAUUCCUCCCUGUAUUCCCUCGUCCCCAUCUCCCUCCAACUCUAAAGGGAAGCCUCCUCACAGCUACGCCACACUCAUUGCAAUGGCGAUCCGUGCAGCCCCUGAGGGGAAACUUAGUUUGAAUGACAUCUAUACUUGGAUCAGUGACACCUUCCCUUACUACAGCAGGGCAGGACGAGGCUGGAAGAACUCAAUUCGACAUAACCUCUCCCUGAAUAAGUGUUUCCGAAAAGUCCCACGGCCCCAGAAUGAUCCAGGAAAGGGUUCUUACUGGACAAUGGAUGGUCCCCCUGACACCCAAGAGCCAAGAGGAACUAAACGUCCAUAUCCCAUAGAAUCUGAGAUCCAGGUUACUCAGAGAGCGACGGUUCAGGAAUUGAAGCCUCAGGUUCAGCCUGAGUGUGUUCCCCCACAGUCUGCCCAAAAAAAUGUGAUGUCACCACCACCCUUUAAGCAACGUGCACCCCCUGUGGUUUCCCCAUCAGCUCCUCUUCCGGGACAUUCCAUGACCGAUCCCCCUCUACGCUUCUCCUUCACGGAUCUCAACAUGCCAGACCUGUACGCCUCUUUCCAGUCCCUCUGUCGUACUAUGAGAGAGAGAGUCGCCUCACAAUCGGAUGUUGCACCUUCGUUCGGGAUGAAUAAUGACAGUGCCCCAUUGCACACUCCAACCCUCCCUCCACUUUCCCCACAACCUUGUCAGAAUCCAAACCCUGAGCUAGAGCGACCAACACUAAAUACUGGUUCGUCUUUACCAUACUCCCCUGCAGUCGUACCAUCAGACUGGUUAAACAACCCUGAUUCUUUAAAAGAGAGUUUCAGGAUUGCCAAUGGUCUGGACUGGUCUAACAUAGACCUCUCCAGUCACCCUGACCUUCUGGAGAGCAUGAGGCAGGCUGAGCUCUGUGAUUGGGCCCUGGAUCCGCUGCUCUUCACUUCACUUUGUGACUCUCUGAACCGCUUCUUCACUCAAAAGGGCUUGUUCGACUCCACCUCUGGUAGUCCCUCCAUGCUGGCUCCUCCAGCCACUCUGUCUCUCCCGCCGUCCGCUCCACCCACACUGGCAAGUCUGACCAACCCCUCACCCCUGGCCUACCCCCCCAUGACUGGGCCCGGCUCCCAGAACAUCAGGAGGAGCCUUACCCCCCAGACUCAAACCCAGGCCUUCCAGCGGCAGAGUCUGCUCCAGCCAGCCCCCAACCAGCACAUGUCACCAAAGGCUGUCCAUUCCCCAACCAUGACACGGCCCCCAAUGAAGCAGAGCAACAGUGAGGAGUUUCAAGAUGACUUCGACUGGGAUUCACUGAUUGUGUGAGGAUAUGACAAAGAGACUGUGCAAGCUCAGACCAACACACACAUAACACUGAUGGUGUAGAACACACUCCAAGUUAAAGUGAGAGGAUGGCUCACCUGCCUCACAGUGUGAUUAAAUUAUGCGCAUGCACAGUAGUUUUUGACACCCACUGACAUAGCUUGGCAAUACUUGAUGGAAUUCAGUUGAGUGAGGUGGAUGAAGCAGCUGAAUGGCUGAAAUAUGCUGAAAAAUAUAUGGUAUCUUUACCCAUUUCAACUGUCUUUUUUUUCAAAAUGCACACUUCAUAUUAACAUAAAAUGGCUACAUGUAUUUUUACUGAAGUGAUUAAUGAUAUUUUGACUAUCCUGACACUUACAACAUUUUCAAGUUUGUGAAUGCAAGUAUAUUAAUAAAAUAUACCAUUUUCUGAUGCA